GUAAACAUGUGGUUACGUCAUCACGGCGCGACACAACACUAAGCAGGUGCUGCACGAGCUCCUUCAUCCGCCAAAACAGGUUUUUUUCGGGUGAAAAUUGGUUUAUUUUUUGCAGCUUUGUUGUUUUUUGGAAGCACAAGGCAUAAUAACCAUAAUUCUCUCUGGGUUUUAUGAGUAAAAUCCUUUGAAACGAACCUAAAAAACAUUUUGUUUUAGUCUGAAGUUAUCGAAGAACAAACUUCAAAAAUCUUUGAGAUGAACGAAGAAGAGCUGGUGGAGUACUUCAGGGCCCAGAUGAGGACGGACCCGGACAUGGCGUCGGCUGUGGCCGCCAUCCGGACCCUGCUGGAGUUCCUGAGGAGAGACACAGGUGAGACCAUCCUGGGCCUGAGGGAGAGCCUGACGUGGGCCACAGACUGCCUGAAGGGGGAGGACUCGUCCGUGGCGGUGUCGUCGGGGGGGGAGCUCUUCCUGCGUUUCAUCAGCCUCACAUCGCUGGAGCAUCAAGAUUUGUCCCGCUGUAAAAAGGUGAUGGAGGAGAGAGGAGAGCUCUUUCUGGAGAAGAUCUCCAUGUCCAGGAAUAAAGUGGCCAAGCUGUGUCACACCUUCAUCAAAGACGGCGCCAAAAUCCUGACCCACUCCUUCUCCCGAGUGGUGCUGCGGGUUCUGGAGAAAGCCGCCAUGGAGAAGAAGCGUUUCUCCGUCUACGUGACCGAGUCUCAGCCCGACGCCGCCGGGCAGCAGAUGGCGGCGGAGCUGGCGAAGCUCCACGUCCCGGUGACCGUGGUCCUGGACGCCGCUGUGGGGUACGUCCUGGAGAAGGUGGAUCUGGUCAUCGUUGGAGCAGAGGGGGUGGUGGAGAGCGGCGGCAUCAUCAACAAGAUCGGGACCUAUCAGAUGGCGCUCUGCUCCAAAGCUCACAACAAGCCCUUCUACGUGGUGGCGGAGAGCUUUAAGUUUGUGCGGCUGUACCCGCUGAACCAGCAGGACGUCCCGGACAAGUUCAAGUACAAAGCCGACACCCUGAAGAAGAGGCAGAACCUGUCGGAGGAGCACCCCGUCAUCGACUACACGCCCCCCUCCCUCAUCACCCUCCUGUUCACGGACCUGGGCGUCCUCACGCCGUCCGCCGUCAGCGACGAACUCAUCAAAUUAUAUCUAUAAAUGUCAAUAAAGCGGUUCAGAGAGGGG